AUGCCACCAAAGAAGAAGCAAAAGCUCGAAAGGCUCGAAAAACUUGACAAACCCACCUUACAUACCUGCAACAAGACGUCCUUCACAAAGGCUUUCUUGCCUAAUGAGACCUACCAGCAGCGUCUUCUAGAUUACAUCGCCAUCAUCCAUCAACUCGCUGACCAUGCUUCCCACGCUCUCAAAUUCUACAUCCUAUAUGCACCAACCUUUCCCACGGUAAAUGAAGAUACAAUUGAAGCGAUUCUCUAUCUUCUCAACAAGGGGGAGGCUUGGCAUCCAAGAAAGGAAGCAAAGAAGGCAUGGCGGGAUUGUUUGCUGCCAUAUGUUCAACGGUACUGCCACAUCAUCAGCUUCGUUCAUCCAAAUCUACAAAAAGAGCAGCAGUCAAUCAAUUACCUGACAGCGAGUAUGAUGACGAACCUGAAAGUCAACGUUCAAGAGCAUUUCAUGCAGAUGCUCCUUCGGUAUAUCAAUCUGCGGCUCGAUGUGAAGGGACAGAAGCAGCGACUGCCACUGAAAAGCGAUGCAUGGAAAGCCUUCUUUACUCGGCUACGCUACUUAAAGUCAGUUUUUCUUUUUGAUAUCGUGCCCGAGUCGCUGGAUGACUUGACUGCUGAAGAGAGUGAGCUUCUAGAAGAGAUGUGGUCCUUCAUUCCCCUUUCCGACCAGCCGCUUGCAUAUUCGGUUGCUGUUGACCCUCUCGCUUUCUUUCCUGCUUACUGCAAACUCUCUGUGCUGUAUGAACGACAUGGCUUCCGUCGGUUCAGCGCAAUACCUCUUCAUCGGUCUCUGAUUCAGUCCCAUAUUCGCAUCGACACGGUCAUCCUGUACCAGCAUAUCCUUUGCAUCAUGCGACGGGAAGCGGAAACUUGUAACGGAUUUUUUGUUGGUAGACUACGGUAA